ACUACCACACAGCGACUGCAAUUGAAGUCGUUUUCUCCUGAGAAACACACAGUGAGAACCCGCCGGCAAGAGCUUCGAACCCGCCGCCGGAAAAGAGCUUUGAAGUCGUUUUCUCCUGAGAAACAUACAGAACCCGCCGCCGGCAAAGGGACUUAGUUUGGUAGUUCCGAUCCAAAUAUUAAUGAAAACGGAAAUGGCGAUGGGGAAGAAGAAGGUUCAAUGGUUCUGGACUUGGAUUUUCGGUUCCGUAAUUUUGAGACUCAUUCUCAUCUAUUUCCCCAAAAACCUCAACCUCUCUUCUCGCCCCGAAGUCUCCACUCCUCUCACCAGCAUUCGUCGCCUUGCCGAGGGUUACUGGUUGAAGCAGUCAUCAAUGUCACCUUAUGCUGGUUCAAUGUACCAUGGUUCUCCUUUGUUGUUGACACUUCUCGGACCACUCACAGUUACAAGAAUUGAAGGACAGCCUGAUCAUCUUUUAUGCAGUUUGGUUUUUGUGAUGGCAGAUGUUGUCGCUGCAAUGCUCAUUUGUGCUGCUGGUAAAAAACUUCAGGCGGCAUACAGCUCAAGUUUACAAUUCAUUGGCCUUCAUCACUUAUUAGAGAAUUCAGAUGUUCUUCCUUCAGGGGAUUUUGCUGCUCUUGUAUACUUGUGGAAUCCUUUUACAAUUGUUGCAUGUGUUGGUCUAUCUACUUCUGCAAUUGAGAACCUGAUGGUUGUGUUAUCCCUUUAUGGAGCAUGCGCACGACUAGCUCCGGUGGCAGCUUUUGGGUGGGUUAUGGCUACACAUUUGUCUCUGUACCCAGCAAUCCUUAUUAUCCCACUAACAUUGUUAUUGGGGUAUGGUCCUGAUGCUCCUCCUAGGAAAUUAUUCUGGCGAAGGAAAAAUCCUGAAGUUGAUAAUCCCACCUCAAGCGAUAGGAGUUGUUUAGAAGAUGAAUCGAUCAAUGAGAAAAGGAUGCUGAAUAUAUUCUCAUGGAGGCCAGUUGUUCUUUUUUUGUUCUGGGCUUUGCUGUGGUCAUCCUAUGUUUUAGUCCUCUGUGGCAUCUAUGUCCAACAGCACGGUGGUCUACGGGAGAUGUUCAAAAGAACUUAUGGCUUCAUUCUAACCAUACAAGAUCUAUCUCCAAACAUUGGAGCUUUGUGGUACUUUUUCGCAGAAGUUUUUGACUUCUUCAGAAGUUUCUUCCUGAUAGUAUUCCAUGGGAAUAUUCUUUUGAUGAUAGUACCGUUAGCCUUACGUCUUAAUCACCGACCAUUCUUUCUAGCUUUUGUAUACAUUGUGAUUUCUUCCAUGUUGAAGUCUUAUCCUUCUGUUGGUGAUUCUGCUCUGUACUUGGGUUUAUUGGGGUUAUUUGCUUAUGAACUCAAAGAUAUGCAGUUUUCGUUCUUCCUGUUUUCUGGUUAUGUUGGAGUUUCACUUCUUAGCCCUGUAAUGCACAACCUAUGGAUAUGGAGGGGUACUGGGAAUGCAAACUUUUACUUUGCUACUGCAAUUGGCUAUGCUUGCUUGCAGAUCAUUCUGGUGAUUGAAAGUGUUAGCGCCAUGCUUAAUCAUGAUAGAAUGCUUACAAAGCUAUCUACUUCAAAGCUUCAAAAUGUCAAAUCUUGAGAGCUCUUUUGGAGUAUGAUUUCAAUGCAUCCAAAAGUUUGUGGUGUCCCCAAGUUCACUUGAUCUCGAUUUUGUUCCAAAACAGAAAAAAUAUAUCAAUUCCACGAUCGGACUACUGGGCUGUCAUUCAAUUGAUCAAUUCGUUUUAUGGGUCCUAUCUAUUUUCUUGGAUGCAUUAGCAUUUGAACCCAAAGCUCUACAGUUAGGAUGCUGAUUGCCGGUUAAAGUAUAGAUUUUGUUAUAAUUAUAAACAGUCAUGAUUAAUUUGUUGUGGUAGUUAGAAAUUUUACCUUCUAGAUGUGCUAUUUAAGUAGUAGUUUUGUAGUAUGUUUGGAAACUUUGAAAAUCACAGUGAAACCCCACGUGUAAUGAGAAGCUACAAGCCUACAACUAGUAACAUCAAGAUCAAUGUGUGUUUGCAUCUUCAAACCACUUUACCAAACAUAUGCUUGGUGGUUUUGUUCUUCAAA